GCUCUUUUCUCCUUUUCCACUCUCUCUCCCUCUCGGUUAUGCUCUGUCCUCCUCUCCAACGUCUUCGUGCACUGGCUGUCAAAGCUCCUCUCCAGUGUCCUGCUCUCCGCCAGGCCUCCAUGAGUUUAACAGAGGACGAGCCAUUCUUCCCUGAAAGAUGGGAAAUGCAUCAGACACAACUGCCAUGUUUACUUCCACUAUCUCCAAGGAGAAUGAUGUCGCCAUGGGCUCACUCUACAUCUUAUUUUGUGUGCUGUCCUUUGUGGGCAAUUGCAUUCUGCUACUUGUUGCACAUCACAAGCGCUCAACCUUGAAACCAGCAGAGUUCUUCAUCAUCAAUCUCUCCAUCAGUGACCUUGGGAUGACACUGUCUUUAUUUCCCUUGGCAAUACCAUCAGCCUUUUCACACAGGUGGCUGUUUGGAGAGGUGACCUGUCAGCUCUAUGCAAUGUGCGGAGUAUUGUUUGGUCUCUGCAGCCUGACAAACCUCACGACCCUCUCCUUUGUGUGCUGCCUGAAAGUCUGCUUUCCAAAUCAUGGCAGCAAGUUCUCCUCGUCACAUGCUCGCCUCCUAGUGGCUGGAGUGUGGUGUUAUGCAACAGUGUUUGCCGUGGGGCCCCUGGCACAGUGGGGUCGAUACAGUUUGGAACCCUAUGGCACAGCCUGCUGCAUUGACUGGCACGCCCCCAACCAUGAGCUUUCAGCUUUGUCAUACACUGUCUGCCUCUUUGUCUUUUGCUACGCGUUGCCUUGCACCAUCAUCUUCUUCUCCUACACAUUCAUCCUGCUGACAGUGCGGGGGUCCCGGCAAGCUGUCCAGCAACAUGUGUCACCACAAACCAAGACCACCAGUGCACAAUCUCAUAUUGCCAAGGAAACCCGGAGAAAACCCACGCACGGGGAGAACACGUGUGCAAACUCCACCCAGGUCUUCCCGAUCUUCAGACUACAUCCUUCGCUGAAGAAGCUGUCGGUAGCAGUGUGUAUUGGCUUUCUUGGUGCUUGGACUCCUUAUGCUGCUGUGGCCAUGUGGUCAGCUUUCAGUGAUGCCACACAGGUCCCUCCUUCUGCAUUCGCCAUGGCCGCUGUGUUUGCCAAAACCUCCACAAUCUACAACCCAGUGGUCUACCUGUUGUGUAAGCCCAACUUUCGUGAGUGUCUCUAUAGAGACAGUUCCAUGUUACGACAGAGGAUCUAUAAGUCAAGUCCACAGUCGGAUCAGAAGGAACGAUUGGGUUCCACACCACAACACAACAAAGUCACGAACAUGUCCACACGCCUCUCAAACAGGCAACUGGACAUCUGUGAGGUGUGUCUGCACUGCACUGACAAUCCAGCAAAUUGUCAUGUGAGCACAUCCCAGAGGACCGCUUGCAUACUGACUGGAUCUGCUCACAGAGAGGUGACACUCAGACAGCUCUUGACCAAAUCACAGGCUGACUUCCUUUAGUGGUGCUGUUUUUUCCUUUUAUGAUGCAAACAAGACAGGACAGGCGCUCAGAAUGACACCAUGAGAUCACCAGGAAUGGACAACAACACACAGAGGGUUUUUGAGUACAUCAUAAUGCAAUGAUGGGAAGCAUUCGCCAAUAAACGAUCCCUUCAUUGUGAAAGCGAGAGCAUUGUGAAGCGAUUGCAAAGAGUCUAUUCAACUCAAAAUAACAACACGAUUUUGAUGACUGCGUGCUUCUACAGUAUGUUAUUUUAAUGUACAGUAAGUCAACUACAGCUUUUUAAUUUGAAAGAAGGAUCUGGUUUAGUUUACUUUUGAUUCAUUUCAUUUUAGCUGUUUUUUUGUGGUUUAUUUUGGAUGUUAUUUUUAUACUUAAUUUUUAUGUCUUUUAAUUUUAUUUGCAAUGGUUUUAGACAUACCUUGUUGUCUUUUGUGAGCUUCUGUGCUUUUGUUUAUUAUGUCUUCUUCUGUAUGUAUCAUUCUGUACAGCACUUUUAAAGUGCUUCAUAAAUAAAGUUGGAUUGCAUUGGACUGGAUGGAAACGACUGACGUCCACGCGAAUUAAAAUGACAUUUUAUAGUGGGUCAUCAUCUUUUGCAUGAAACAGAGCGCUUAAUGUGGGCACAACUUAACAGAAAAUAGUUUCAUUUUUGUACUGUAACUAAUGAAGGACUAUAGUAAAUGCUUUAAUCUCACCCCCGAUAAAGCCUACCACAUGAUAUAUUAUUUGGAUUUUAUCUCCUAAAGCUCACGAAUGUAAAAAUAUUAUGUGUGUGUCUACAUGCUUGUGGCAGAGAUGGUAAACUGGUACUGAACCCAAAAGUAUUCAAUGGUUCUUCGGACAUUCUGUCCUGGGACGAAAUCUACCAACUUCUGACAACCACUUUUCAA